GGCCGAGUUCAGGGCCGAGGUGGUGCAGAAGAAGCAGGAGGCACUGCUGUCCCAGGAGGACUCGGCGGAGCUGAUGGAGGAACACCGGCGCCUGAUGGCCUGGAACGAGGCGGAGAAUGCCCGGUAGCGGGCCCGGAGAGAGGAAAGAAUUAGGAAAGAAGAGGAAGAACGGAAGAGGCAGAAGUUACAGGCUGUGGAGAACAAGGCCAGGAUAAUGGAGGCUUUCCUGAAGGAGAAGGAGAAGGAGGUUCUCCAGCUGCAGGAGGAAGCCAAAACCUUCAUCACCCUUGAGAACCUGGACGCACGGAUUGAGGAGUGCCUGGACAACCCUCGCAACUACAACUUCGCCAUCGACAAGGAUGGGCGGAUUGUCAAACGGACAGUGUUGUCUUAG